AUGGUUCUCUUUGAUUUCAAGUCCGACAAGCACUUCGUUGCUUCCUCGAACAGAGCCACCCUCCAAGUCUAUGAGUUGACCAACCCUACUGUCAAUCCUUCCUCCAUCCGAAAGAGUCAUUGGAAGGAAGUUGCCACCAUCACCGCCCGUGAUCAAAUUCAAAGCGACGGCGACGAGGACCAAGAGGAGGAGGAAUCUUACGAUGGGCUGAUGUUCUUUGAUGGUCACGGGGAGAUCGAGGGAUGGGAGGUGUUGACCAAGCUAGCCCAACACCUCACCCGGUUGCAACUGAAGGUGAGCCCUCAGGGGUUCUGCUUCCAGGACGUUAUUGGGUUGGGUGAACACAGAGCUUUCGGGCUUCACUAUCUCCGACUGAAUGAUCUUUUCAACUGGUCUUAUCAUGGUAUCAGAAUGGCGAGCAUCACCAUGUGGCCGCGACGCUCGGUGUUGAAGUACCUCGUACCGAGAUGGGAGAAGCGACCUACCCCCACCGGUGGUGUGAGCAAUGAGAAGUACGAGGAGCUGAAAAAGACGGUCGAAAAGAAGGAUGAGGAGCUGGAGAAGCUGAGGGAGGAGAUGGAAAAGCUAAAAGAGAAUAGUGGGAGACAGGAGAAGGAGCUGCUAGAGUUGGAGAAGAAAAACAGCAAGGAGCUGCAAAAGCUGUUGAAGAUAAAGGAUGACGAGUUAGAAACACUCAAGAGGGAGAAGGAUGAGGAAGUAAAGCUGAGGAAAGGGAAGGACGAGGAAUUGAAAAAAUUGAGGGAGGAAGUGAAGAAGCUGAGUAGUGCUAGGAAGGAAGAUGAAGCCACAACAACAAGAACAACAAGGAACGGAAAGAUAACGGUGGAUAUUGAUGAAUGGGACAAGUUGAAGAAGGACGAGGCGGAAAUGCGGCAAGAGAUAAUGAAGAAGGACGAAGCAUUGCAAACGCUGCAACUUUCUCAUGAGCUGGAGCAACGUCGUAAGCAAUUAUGGACACUGCAGGCAGCAGCUACAACUAAGUUGUUAGUGCACCUUCAUCUCUCCAGUGCCAAAAUAAUCGGCAGAAGACGGCAGGUGCCGCGGGAUACUUGGAUUCGUUCCUCCGACAUACAAUCCGGUCAUUUCCAGUGUCAGCCAAGUUUCAAUGGGAGCAGCGCGCAGUUCCAUCAAGCAAAUGGGCUCUGUUUGGUGGAUGAAGACCCCAAAGAUUGGCUGCCUCCUCCCAAGAUUUAUGUGCACACUGUAACUGGCUCAUUCGACAGAGACAACUGGUGGUUUAUAAAGACAACCCACCCGGAUGGCGGCUUGACGAUGAUGGCUUAUUAUGACGGCGAUUUCUGUCGAUCUAAGGUGUAUCCCAAUAGCUACCCUAUUCGACUUCCCUAUGCUGACACUUCUUUUUUAGUGACGGAUAGACCUUGCGCCAUAUUUAACACAGGCCGCGAAUUCAAGCUUGCUUUCAUGUACCGCGAGACUAACCUGCUAGGGUGA